CACUAACGAUCGAUACUUCGGCAGCGUGUGCUCGCUGGUAUGUGAGUCAGGGUAUACAGCCAUUGAUGGAUCACACAUCAUGUGUCACUUCAACAAAAAGUGGGCCAAGUCUGAUUUUAUCUGUGAAGAUACCGAGAAGCCGAGAUUCACAAACUGUCCGGAUACUACGAUCACGUCAGACACCAUGUCCAUCUCUUGGCCCGCUCUCAAAGUAGAGGACAACUCUGACAGUACAUCACUACACCAGACUAUAGGUAAACCGCCCGGAUCAUCCUUCAGCGUGGGAUACCACGUCAUCAAGUAUGACGCACAAGAUUUGGCGGGAAACAAAGCAUACCCUUGCGUCUUCACAGUCAAAGUGGAAGCGGUGUUCUGUCUACACCCUGUAUAUGCAUUCAGAGAAGGCCCAAAGUUGAAGUUUAUUGACUGCAAGUUGAGUCAAACGAAGUUUGUCGAAGGCACAAUUUGUCAGCUUGGAUGCCACACAGGAUCGAUGGUUGGAGCAAAAUAUGUAAGGUGUGAAAGAGAUGAGUAUUUGAGAUCUGCAAAGUGGGUGACCAAGAACGCUGGAGAGCCCUUUUGUAUUAGUGAAAUGUCUAUAUCAUCUGGAAUACAUUUCACACACCCGAAUUACAGAGGAAAGAAAACAAACGACAGAUGGAUUAUGAAGAGACGAGAAAAGCGAUGCCCACCGCUCAGCAAACCUAAGAACGGCGAGCUAGUCUGUAACGACCAGACCACCAUAUGUGAGCUGAAGUGUAACGUCGGGUUUGACACGUCUGAAAAUUCGGUAGAUACGUACGUCUGCAACGAGCUUCAGAUGUGGUUACCCACGGACGUCAUACAGGACUGCUCGGCUGCCGAAAACAGAUUGGAGUAUCGUCUAUCCUCUGAAUUUUAUUAUCUUGGUAACCGGUUUAACUACAAUGGGGUGAAGACUAUGAUCAAAAACCGCUUCAGAAAAUCAUUGGAAAUGGCCAUGCAUGCUUGCAGUGACGUCGACUGUAAGGCUGAAAAUAUUAUAAUUAAGUAUGCUAAAGAAUCCAAUGGAAAAAGUAAAAGGAAGCAUGCACGGUUUUGGCCACUUAUAAAGAGACGUUACAUCAGGCACAAGAGAUCACCUACAGAUAUAGAUGCCACUAAAGGAAAAGAUCCCAUGAAAAGACCAUAUAUAAUUGCUUCUCCAGGGUUUUCUUCUGGGAAUGACUUUAUUCCUGUCUCAGAAUCAUCUGGAGAUGAUUUCCCUUUUACUCCAGGUGUUUCUGGAAAAGACUUGACUGCUGCUUCAAAAUUACCUGACAAUAUCUUUAAUCCCACUCCACAGUUUUCACGAAAUGACCUGAGUCCUGCUCCGAAAGUAUCUGGGGACGACUUUACUCCUUCUCCAGAAUUAAUAGGAAAUGACUUAAGUACUUCUCCAGAAGUUUCUGAAAAUCACUUGACUGCUGCUCCUGAAUUAUCUGUGACCGACUUUAGUCCUGCUCCAGAAGUAUCUGGUAAUGACUUAACUACAGCUCCGAAGUCGUCUGAAAAUGUAUCCACUCCUUCUCCACGGUUAGAGCUAUCUGGGAAUGAUGUAACUACUCCUCCAAAGUCAUCUGGACGUAGGAGAGGCAGAAAAAGGAUUAGACAUCGACGUUUGAUACUACGAUUCGAUCUCGUUGUAAGUGCCAGCAAAACAAGUGCAGACGAGGCGGGUGCAAUACUCAGUUCCGUAGUGCAGAGGACCUCGAUGUACCGCUUGUCUGAAGAAAUCCUCCUUUAUAACCACACAAUAUUAGAUAUGACGGUGGUGUGCCAGGCUGGCUUCAUCCAUGCCAAGAGGUAUCAUGGAAAAUGUGUUGCCUGUGGCGUGGGAACUUUCCACAAGAAAAAACAGGACCUGUGUAUGCCUUGCCCAAAAGGCACAUAUCAACCAGACGAGGGACAGACGUCUUGCAUAACAUGUCCCUCGGGGACCUCCACUCUCGGCAGUGGGACAAAAAUUAUAGCUGGAUGCAUGGACACUUGUAAGCCUCAUGAAUAUUCACCAACAGGACUACAGCCAUGUUUCAGAUGUCGAGGUGGGACCAUCCAACCUCGCGGAGAAAGCACGUUCUGUCAUUUAUGUCCUCUUGGGACAAUGAACCAUACGGUCACCAAAGAACCUAUAUGUAUUCCUAGGGAAUACUGUAACCAGAUCCAGGGUGGGUGCGAUCAUAUCUGUGAGACGAUAGAGGGAGGCAGCACGUGCAACUGCAACAACAAUUACAUACUUCAGGCAGACGGCUUCACGUGCGCCAAGCCGCCGUAUAGAGGAUCAUCCAUGUGGUACUGGAAUAGCGGAUCAGACGAGAGUUCAUCUAGAGGUCGCAUAAUAUAGGAAGCGUCACUUCUCCAUAACAGAAUUUGUUUUGACUCUUGUACUAAGACUUUUGCAGUGCAGAAUUUCAAUUUAUUUUGAUUAUAUGCCUAAUGCGUAUGCAUGCAUGUUUUGUAAUAUUAUAUAAGAUAAAACUCAGCUGCAUAUAUGUAUUAUAGCUUUGGCUUCUACUGACUGAAAUGAUAACAUUGUGUGUUUUUAGUUUGUAUAUUUUAUAUUUUACGGAACAGUCGAAGUAACGUUAAACAAUUAAAAUCACAAACUUAACAUACACAGAAUGCUUCAAAUAAUGUUCAUUAAAUGUUUUAAAAACUUUUUUUUAAAUAAAUGAUAUAUCAAUAUUAUUUACUUAACUUUGUGUUUUUGUUUUGUUUUAAAUUCAAGGAGUCGACUGCUUAAUUGUUUUGCAUUUAUACCCAACUACAGUAGCAACCAUAGCAUGACACGUGACGUUUUGUCAUAUGUUUUAUAAAGUGUCUAGAGGUGUGCUUCCAUACUGGUCUGAUCAGCUAUCAAUUAAAAAAAAAUUAAACAUUGUAAUCAAACAUUUAAA